CGUUACGAAUCCAAAAUGUCAGACAUCGAUAAAUGGAUAGAUAUUACAAAAGAGUGCAAAUACUUGCCAGAAAAUGACCUUAAGGUUGCUUGCUCAUGGUGCUCUAAUGUAUAGGUGUUAUAGGUUACUCCUGCCCCAAUAGUUUUAUUAUGUUCGCCUUUGUCGACAGAAACUCUGCGACAUGGUCUGUGAUCUUCUCUUGGAGGAAUCGAAUAUUCAGCCUGUGUCCACCCCAGUAACUGUUUGCGGCGAUAUCCACGGCCAAUUUUAUGACUUGGAAGAAUUAUUCCGUAACGGAGGUCCAGUGCCAGAUACAAACUACAUAUUUAUGGGGGAUUUUGUGGACAGAGGAUAUUACAGUUUAGAGACUUUCACGCGCCUAUUGACUCUUAAAGCUAAAUGGUCAGACAGAAUAACAUUGCUGCGUGGAAAUCAUGAAUCUAGGCAAAUCACACAUGUCUAUGGUUUUUAUGAUGAGUGUCAAAACAAAUAUGGAAAUGCUAAUGCAUGGAAGUAUUGCUGCAGAGUAUUUGACCUUCUCACAGUUGCUGCCUUAAUCGAUGAAGAAGUCUUUUGUGUUCACGGUGGUUUAUCCCCAGCCAUUAAAACGCUAGAUCAAAUUAGAACUAUUGAGAGAAAUCAAGAAAUUCCACACAAAGGUGCUUUCUGUGAUUUGGUCUGGUCAGAUCCUGAAGACGUAGAAUCUUGGACGAUCAGUCCCAGAGGGGCUGGUUGGCUCUUUGGAUGCCAAGUAACACACAAGUUUAUGGAAAUUAAUAAUCUUCAGUUAAUUUGCAGAGCUCACCAACUAGUUCACGAAGGGUUUAGAUAUAUGUUCAACGACAAGCUUGUGACUGUAUGGUCUGCACCAAACUACUGUUACCGGUGUGGCAACAUUGCCAGCAUUUUGCAAUUUACAACAGUAGACCAGAGAAGCGCUGUCUUAUUCCAAGCUGUUCCUGAUUCCGAGAGAGUGAUCCCAUCCCUAACCACCACCCCAUACUUCUUGUGAUCUAACUUUGCGCUCCAUCUGUUUGGAUGCAGAGGAGCGGCGUUUGGGUCUAGGCCUCACGGAGUUACAUGAUUGCUUCUUGGUCGAUGAGUCCAGCUGAUGCUAUGAGAGUGCGCGACAUCUUUAAGUGCAUUAUUUUCAACAUUAACAUUUUUAAAAAUCUACUUAUCUAUCCUGUUAUCGGAUUUUCAUAACAUCGUGACAGCAACGACAUACGAUUAUACAAAAUUCUACCGUGCAAAUGAUUCCGCACGAUGAACGAAGGAAUAUCCAAUAUUUUUCCUUAUCUUUUAUUUUUUUUGAAAAUUAUGCCAUGUUUUUUUAAAACUUAGAAGCUAAACGCUCCUAAACAAUAAAAAGCACUUGCCAUCGCAUCAGGCUGAGAUCUCCCACGACCGAAAAGAGACACUCGCGCCAAAAUAAUCGGGAGCUCGUACACGAGAAACAGCAUACACACAGAGAAAACAGAGAUAAACAGACAGACAAACAAGGAAUAAACAAUUAACUUAAACAAAGAGACAAGCAAGAACAAUCGGAGAUACACCGGAUACACGCACACUCUGUGGUCUAGAUGCUUUUGCUGCCUACUGUGUACAUUCUGUGUAGAGCAUUCGCAACUCGAAGCAGCAUUAUGGACUUGUUCGGUAAGCUGAGAGCUUUUAAAUAAUUUUUAAAUAUGAGGAGCCAUUGGUCCAGCAAUGUAAAGGCAAAUCAAUAGAAAGCAACUAUUAUUCAAACAUUCCGGCAGGAAGAAGGCUCUGGGAACGUUGAAGACUUUGGUAUUUGGAUCACUGUGCUCGGAAUUCAGGUUUACUGCGUUUUGUCAGCAUAAUUAAAUACUAUAAUUACGGUCUUCCGGAGAACGUAAUAUAAUCGAUCCACUUUUUUUUUACAUAGUCAUUUUUUUCUUUAAACAAUUACACGAUAACUGAACUCUUACUUUUCCCCACGUACAAAAUAGAUAGAUCCCAAAUUCCAAUAAGCUCAUCGAACGACCUUUCGCGCAGGCGCGCCCAAUCCCAUUAUCCACGAUUACAUCGGCUGUAAAUAAUAAAUGGCCAAAGAGCUAAAAAAGCGAUAUUGGCAACCGACUAAGUUCGUCUCUUAAAAUUGAACAAAAAUAUAUAUUUUCUUUAUAA